AUGGGAGACACAAAGGAAAACCAAUUUGCCGCUUCAGACAGUGUCAAUGUCGAUCGGCCGGCGCAGGACGAGAUGCCCAGCGAGAAGAUUUUGAUUGCUGAGGCACAAGUCGGCUUUGCCGAUGAGAAAGAGCUAGGUCCAAGGGCAGCCCUUAAAGCCUAUCCCAAUGCUGUCCUGUGGUGUCUUGCUUUCGCGGCUUGCGUUAUCAUGGAGGGUUAUGAUACUGCUUUGCUUGGAAGCUUCUACGCAUAUCCUGCAUUUCAAAUCAGGUUUGGCCGUUUCGUGGGAGUCACACCGAGCACGCCGAGCGGAUAUCAAUUGACCGCAGCCUGGCAAGCUGGCAUGGGCCAAGCGGGUGGUGUGGGCAGCUUCUUCGGAGCCAUUCUCAAUGGCUAUAUGGUACCAAAAUGGGGUCAGAGGCGCGUUGUUAUAGGGUCUCUCAUUGUCUUGAUCAUUGGGAUCUUCUUUCCUUUCUUUGCACCGAAUUUGGUUGUGUUGACGGUUGGAGAGGUGAUCUGCGGCUUUCCCUGGGGAAUCCUCACCACUUGUGCGACUUCCUAUGCGUCCGAAGUUCUGCCUACUUCUCUCCGCGUCUACCUGACUUCAUUGACCAAUAUGUGCUUCAUCAUCGGCCAACUCAUUGCAGCUGGCAUAUUAAAAGGCUUGUCGAAUCAUAUCAGUCCAUGGGCCUAUAGAAUCCCUUUCGCAAUCCAAUGGGUGUGGCCUUGUUUCUUGAUUCCUCUAGUGUAUCUUGCUCCUGAAAGCCCCUGGUACCUAGUCAGAAAGAAUCGCUUAGAGGACGCCGAGAAAUCACUACGACGAUUUCAAAAUCCCAAAGCGAAUAUCAACUCUGCGAACACGCUCGCAUUAAUUAUCCAUACUGAUAAGUUUGAACAAAACCACGACGUGGGUACGAAAUAUUCGGACUGUUUCAAAGGCCCGGAGCUUCGCCGAACCGAGAUCGCUUGCAUGGUCAUAACCGGUCAAGUCUUGUGCGGUAUCAAUUUUGCCUAUAAUAGCUCCUACUUCUUUGAAAAUGUCGGUGUUGGUACAUCUACCACGUACUCCCUUAACCUUGGAGGAACCUUCCUGGCUCUUUUUGGCUGCUUUGUCAAUUGGUUCGCUCUUAUGCCAUAUAUCGGCCGUCGUACAAUUUACAUCUGGGGUAUGGGAGGAAUGACCGUGAUUCUCAUUUUGAUCGGUAUCCUUAAUGUGUGGACCGAUCGCAAAGCAAUUGCCAUGACGCAAGCGGUGCUUACUCUUGUCUGGACCUUAAUCUUCCAGUUCUCUGCUGGGCAGCUCGGCUGGGCGCUUCCGGCCGAGAUGGGAUCAACGCGACUCCGCCAGAAGACCAUCUGCAUCGCAAGAAACGCAAACGGUCGUGGAACCUAA